CUCUUGUAUAUGAAUAGUGAUUUGCUCAAUCAUAAGACUCAAUAUUUAUAUGUAUUUCAUUGCAUUUAGAGUAUCUAUAUAUAUAUAUAAGGAUAAUUUUAAUUUUUAUUUCUCACACAGUUUAUAAUUCAUAAAUUCCAAGCACAUGAAUCAAUGCAUAAAUUAAAUUGCAAAUUAAAAGUUUGAAAUUUAGAAAGUAGGAAACAACCA